UGCUUCAAUGUUGAUAGCAGCAGCUGUUACUGCAGCAGGAGCCUCCUGCAACACACACACACACACACACACACAUAGACACACACCAGACCCUUUAGUCAAUUUCUGGCUGUGUAGAGAGCAAGGCGGCUCAGAACUGGACAGGGGGAGUGCAUGCUAGCAGUGCACAAAGCCACACAUACAAGCAAAGAGGACCCCCCCACCCCCCAGCCACCUCUUGGGCUGAAGAUAAGGAAUAUAUCAUCACUAAUAAUACUUCAGGUGCUACCAGGAACUGUCAUCUGCACCUCUGGUCAAGUAUUUCCGCAAUGAGCCGAAGAGUGGUGCGCCAAAGCAAAUUUAGGCACAUUUUCGGACAGCCCGUAAAAGCCGACCAAACAUAUGAGGAUAUUCGGGUAUCUAAGAUCACAUGGGACAGCUCUUUCUGUGCUGUGAAUCCGAAAUUUUUAGCCAUCAUUGUGGAGUCCAGUGGUGGAGGAGCUUUUAUGGUGUUGUCAUUAUCCAAGGCUGGACGUGUGGAUAAGAAUCAUCCUACAGUCAGUGGCCACACAGCUCCGGUACUAGACAUUGAUUGGUGUCCGCACAAUGAUAAUGUCAUUGCCAGUGCUUCAGAUGACACUACCAUCAUGGUUUGGCAAAUCCCAGAUUACACACCAGUGCGGCCAAUAACAGAUCCCAUUGUUACACUGGAGGGUCACUCCAAGAGAGUAGGCAUUAUCUCGUGGCACCCGUCAGCCCGCAAUGUGCUACUCAGUGCAGGCAGCGAUAAUGCUAUUAUUAUCUGGAACGUGGGAACCGGUGAGGCUCUUAUUAAUUUAGACGAGAUGCACAGUGACCUCAUCUAUAGCAUCUGCUGGAACUACAAUGGAAGUCUCCUCACCACCACCUGCAAGGAUAAAAAACUUCGAGUCAUCGAUCCACGGAAACAAGAAAUAGUGGCUGAAAAAAGUGGGCCACAUGAAGGGGCUCGACCAGUCAAAGCCAUUUUUACAUCUGAAGGCAAAAUAUUCACCACCGGUUUCAGCAGAAUGAGUGAGCGGCAGCUGGCGCUGUGGGAUCCGAGUAACUUUGAAGAGCCUAUAGCUUUACAAGAAAUGGAUACCAGUAAUGGUGUACUGCUCCCUUUCUACGAUCCCGACUCCAGUGUAGUUUACCUCUGUGGCAAGGGUGAUAGCAGCAUUCGAUACUUUGAGAUAACAACUGAAGCUCCUUAUGUCCAUUACUUGAGUACUUUCAGCAGUAAGGAACCUCAGAGAGGAAUGGGUUUCAUGCCCAAGAGAGGCCUGGAUGUCAGUAAAUGUGAAAUUGCACGGUUUUACAAGCUGCAUGAAAGAAAAUGUGAGCCCAUUGUUAUGACAGUACCUAGGAAGUCAGACCUUUUCCAAGAUGAUCUGUAUCCAGACACACCAGGACCCGAGCCAGCCUUGGAAGCAGAAGAUUGGUUUGCAGGACAGACCGCUGAUCCUUUAUUGGUAUCAUUAAGAGAUGGAUACCUUCCUGUCAAAAACAGAGAGCUUAAAGUCACCAAGAAAAAUAUUCUGGACAACAAACCUCCAACUGCACCACGUAGAAGUUACUCUUCCUGUGACUCUGGUUUCUCACGAGUCACCCUUGAAGACCUACUUGAAGAAAUCAAGUGCUUACGAGGCAUUGUUGAGUCUCAAGAGAAGCGCAUCUCAAACCUGGAAAACCAAUUGCAUGUACUAUCCAAUGGCACUGACUGAGCUGGACUGAGAUUCCGCCAACCGACCCAGAAUGCACUUCAAGAGUUACAUGCCCUAUUUCCUAGCAAGCAAAUCCAAUUAUGUUUUACCAGAGGGGAUGGAGCCAGUGCAUGGACUCCUCAAGAACUGCCCCCAGUUCAUGCUCUUCAUUGAUAGAGGAGUCUCUCAGAAAAGGCCCUCUUCCCGGGGAAAUGUUAUUUCUGAGGGACUGGGGAUAAAUACUGUUUUAUUCCAAAGUGCUAAAGGAAUCCUCCAUCUGCAUUCACACAGAGAGCUUGGUCAUCAAGCUGCUUUGACUGACGAUUGGGAGAUUUGGCAGCCUGGAAUUACAGCUAAUGCCUGUAGUGUGUAAAUUGUUACAGUGGGACAAAGUACUUCCAGCCAAAAAGAAACACAUGGGAGUCUCUCUGUUGUUUUGCUGUUUUAUUUCUGGCUUUUAUUAUUUUUCCAGACAAUUUUAAUGAAUGUGCUUUUAAAUCAUUAUGGAAACAGGCCAAUAUGGUUUAUGCCAGAGGACAACAUUUUAGAUUUAUUUAGAGUUCAGUUUCAGGACAUGCUCAGAAGCAACAUAAACUUCACAUUUAUAAAGUUAACAAUUCUAUGAUCUCACUUUAUCAAUAGCUAUGCUGACUUUGCUAUUGCCACUAUUAUAGCCAAUGCCCCAUCUUGUCAUCGCUCCAUUGGUCCCGUGUAAACAAGUACUGUACUUCCUAUCUAUAUUAUGUGUGCAGCCUUGUAAAAUACAUCUGUUGUAUGAAGACAGUGAAAGCUGCCAUUUCCUGGCCAUACUAAUGCCCCACGGAAUGCCGAAUGUCCAUUCAGGGGUGUUAUUACUUCCUGGGGAAUGGAUAGCUUUCCUGUAAAUGGUUUUAAAUUUAUUGGGAGCAUUUCCCGAAUGCAAGUGACAGGUGCACGACAGUGUUUCACAUUUAUGGUAAAAAAAAAUCUGGUGGUCAAAAAGGCACAUUGUAAAACAUUAUUCUUUAGAGAGUUGGCGGUGUAUUUACUACUUCAGCUUGUUUAAAAACCAUAAAGGGGAAUGGGACCUCUGCACUCUUCAUAAGCAGAAUCGGCAGUGGUUGAGUGUUAUGAUGCUCUUGGGAUGUAGCAAAUGCUGUUCCCCUUUUGCAUUGCAUUCUCAUCAGCUAUGAAGUUAAGGCCAGAGCAGACAUAGAUGGUCUUUGCCCAGGCAUAGGCAGUUUUGUUUCCCAUUGCAUCAUGUAUGACUUAGUUGAUAGAUCCUCCAGACCCUCCAGACCAGAAGGUUGACUGAUUUUGAUUGUGAUGUGAAAAUGACCAUGUGUCUAUCCUAUGUUAGGAGUAAGAAUGACGGAUAUAUGAGCGUUGCAAGAAGUAUGGAUUAUUUUAGCCUUUUUCUACACACCAUAUCAUAUUCUAAAUUGCACUGAAGAAAAGAUUAACUCAAAAUUAACAUGUUGCACAUAUCAUUCAAGAGCAGCUCACUGCACUCCAGGAUGAAAGGUUCAAAAUUAAAUAUGAAUUUUUGUGAUUGGCUGAAUUGUGUUUUUUUUCUUUCUUUUUUUGUUUGUGUGUGCAUUCAUACUAGGCUAGGAGUUAAAAUUAUGUAUAUAUGAACCCUGGCAGAAGUACAAAUUAUCAUUUUUUAACUAUUUCUACAUACCAUGACAUGCAUAAUAUAGUAUAAUGUGUUUCUCUGGAAGAAUAAAUAAAUUGUAUAUGAUCUCAUCCAAGAGCAGUUGAUGCCACUUCUGUUUAUGGAUUGCAACCAAUCUUCCCCUACUUGUGUGAUUAUAUCAUUGCUGGGAACAAGACUUGCUGGACAGGGGGUCAGUAACUGAUAAGCGCAAAGUUGUGUCAACAUUGAUGAAGUGGGCUUUAGUAUGACCUCUUUGGUCAUAUUUUCUCUUAGCGGCCCCCUGAAAGUGUUUUUUAAAAUCAGUUUUGUUCACCUAAUCCCUUUAAUUUGGCAAUAAUCAAAUAUUGAUUUCACUUAGGGUUCAUGUGCACAUGUGUUUCAUCCUUGACCUAUUUGCUUUAAAUUCAGCUCCUUAUAGACUGGAUAGAACUGGCUGUUUACUAAAUGGUAUUCACAAAGCUUUCACUAGAACCGAUAGUGUAAAAGGCUAUCCAGAGUGAACAGACCAUUGACUGAAACGAUAGAGCAUGUUGUUCCCUUCACCUGCCACUCUAAACACACUUAUACCAUUCUAUCACUUUGUUUAAGGUUCAUCAUGCUAUAAUUUUUUUUUUUCAGUGGUUAAUGGAAUACUGUAUCCACUAAAUACACCCACAAACUGAGCACUGUCCAUACUAAAAUGUCCCUUUAACAAAAUGGGUCCCCAAGUGGUACACUUAUGGCACUGUUUUCCAUUUUUAGGUCAAAGUCAGUCAUCUUAGUUCCCCCAAAAAAUGUAUGAGGAUUAUAAAAAAAGAACUGACCUUGCCCAGGCAAUCGGAGGAUCAGAGGGCACCUGAUGUCUAACCCUUGCUGGUCUAUUAACAGGCUGACCUCACAGGCCUCAUCUCACAAAUUCUACGAGUGAAGUCAGGCAGUGGAAUGGCAGUGACUUGUCACCACAGGGUUACUUUUACCCAAAAGGUCACAUCUCAAACAUGAAUAUACCUACCUUUCUGGGGGCUGAUGUUUUGAAAAGGCACCACUUCUCGAUUCCCUGUUUGUUGCAAGGAUUCUACCCUUUUUUUUUUUUUAAUCCACUUUAGUUUUAUUUAUUUUUUUAUUUUCUAAUUUAAUACAUACAUAUGUCUAUUCGGCAUCCAUUACAAUUCAAUUAGAAUACAUUGUACAACAUUUUUACAUUCGCAUGAUAAUCCAAUGUACUACUCUCUUUUUUUUUUUUACCCAACCCCUCCCCCUCCUCCCCCCUAUCCUUUGCACUCUACAUAAGGAAUCUUUCCGUCACCAGUUUUGGUGGUGCAACACUCGCGUCUCCCAACCAGGAAUGCCAGAUCUCCUCAAAUUUACCCUCUGCUUUCCUUCGUUUAUAUGCCAGAUGUUCUCUACCCAACAGGGAGUUGACAUACGCAAUCCAUUGCCUCCCUGUGGGGACCCCCGGGGCCAAUUAGUAGCGUGCAAUGAGCGUUCUUGCCAGGUACAGCAACCUUGUUAUCAUAUAGUACUUUCCUUUUGUAUACUCUCCAGGGUCAAUGGCCCCUAGCAAGUAUACCCGAGGAUCCAAUGGAGCUGGUACCUGUGCUACUCUGGUAAUACACUGGGAUACUUCCUCCCAGUACCUUUGUAGCUUUGGGCAUCUCCAAAUUAAGUGUAUGAAGUCCCCUUGCUGAACUUUGCACUUUCCCAUCUAUGUAAUUGUGGUGCUGUUCUAUAGGCCCUGUGUAGAAUAAAAUGUUGCGAUAGUUUGUGAGACGCAGAUACGGACACCACAGGAACAGAAUCAAGUUCCCUUUCCCACUGUUCCUCGUUUAUCUCCCCAAUGUCUUCUACCCAUUUCCUACGACUUCUGAAGGAGGCAUGGUUCUGUAUUGUUAUAAGCAGUCCCUCAUAUGUUUAGAACCGCCAUCAUCAAAGGUGACGGUGAUGUUACCUCCAGCGAUCGUGUUUGUUGUUGCUUCUGUAGAGCAUGCCGAAGCUGGAGAUACUGAUAAAAGCAACUUUAGGUGUAUAGAAUGCUUGCCACCCUGUCUACCGCUAUGGUUCCUCGUGCUGGCUUGUACAUAACUACAACAUGAAAUUAGUUGGCAAGGGGAGAAAUAACAGCUGGGAUUCAGCUCAUCCAACAGUUUAAAACUUGCAGCAGCUGGGGAUUUACAGUAAGAUGUGAUGGCUUUUGAAUACAUGCACUGCCAGAGAGGUGUGUAUUUUUAUUUUAUUUUUUUACAGGUGACCCUUUGGGUAAAAGUGACCCUGUGGUGACUCUUCACUCAUCAUUUAUGAUGUUAACAUGUCAGCCUUGAAAAAGUAUAGCUAAAUAAGAGCAGGUUCAAUCCCUUUCAUAGCAGGGCCAAAUCAUCCUCAGGGCAACCUAGGCAGGAGACUAGGGCCCAGUGAAUGUACUGGGCACCCAGUUACAACCUUCAUCCUCCAGCAGUAAAUCAGGGAUAUUGUGAAAGGGGUUCACCUGCUUGUCACCUCAUACUAGUACUUGUAUGCAAAUGCGAUUAAUGCCUGAUGGGAAGGGUCAUGCUAGUACAGACAAUGCAAAGGGAAUGGCAUCCCUAUCCUUAUUGCAAUCCUUAUUGUCAAUGGAAGGGAUGGGUGGCAAGAGCUGCCACCUUGCCUGGGGCCCCAUUCUGCCUUAAUUUGUUUCUGAAUCAUAUGAAAGCAUACACAGGCAAAGACUGAAAUUUCAAAUUCUUCCAAUAACUCAGAUGUGACCGGUUCACUUUACACCAGAACUGGUCACUAUAUGAGACCUUAGGAGUUGCUGGAUAUGUCUUACUGAAUCCAAGGAGAAAAUGUAAUCAUCUACUGGCUGGAAUAGGGCAUACUUUGAAUUCUACUGUUAGACUAUUAUUGCUUUUUAAUCAGUUCCUUGUUUUAUUUUCAUUGUUUUGCCAGGUUAUAAAACAAGGAUUAUGAUUUUACCUCAAAAAAUCAUUAUAUGUAAUAUGAAAUAUCCAUCUGUAUUAUAAGCAAUUGCACUUUGUGUCCCAUAAAAAUAGUUUAUAUUUUCUGAGACUAUACAUUUGCCUUACAUGCAUAUAGACAGAUAUUUUUAAAUAUUGUUAAAUGUCUUUAAUUGGUCAUAUCAAACUGCCUGUAUGUGAGACUAUGACAUUUUAUGUUGUUCUCUGUGAAUCAUUGUGCACUGAAUCAUGUAACAUAACAUGGCUGCCAGUUGACUUUUUUACUUGCAGAAGCAUGUGCUGCUGGCCCCAAAUGGCAAAAAUUAAAAUUAUACCAUGUA